AAAUAAUCACAAUAUUGAUGAAACAUGAGAGAGCAAUGGUAUAUAUCUGGUUAGCAAGUUAGGGAGGUGCCAUAGCAAGUUAGCAACUGGCCACCAUACAUAUCCAGCCAUGCAAGAAGCAUUGCUCCUCUUGGUGCUCAUCAUCUACCCAGCAACAGUGGUGUUAGCCACCUCUUCCGGGCCUCCCAUAUCAUUGCCUGGAUGCCCCGACAAGUGUGGCAAUGUAUCCAUCCCUUACCCCUUUGGUAUCGGUGAUGACUGUGCCGCAACCAGUCAUAACCGCUACUUUGCUCUGAUGUGCAACAACAGUUUGCAGCCACCAAGGCCGAUGUUUGGUGACCCUUCCAUAGCUGUAGAGGUCAUCGACAUCUCGCUGGAGCAUGGUGAGGUGCGUGUUUAUGGCGAUGUCAGCUACAUCUGCUUCACAUCAAACACAACCGUAUCAGACAGCUUCGAUGUCGGGUUAAGCCUGGAGAUCACACAAUUGAUCCCUUCCACCCGCAACCGGUUCACAGUCAUCGGCUGUAGUGCCCUGGGGAUUAUUCAAGGCAACACACCUGACCCUUAUGUGGCUGGUUGCUACUCCUACUGCCAAGACAUCAAAAGCACAUCAGAUGGUGCAUCAUGCGCCGGGAUGGGAUGUUGCGAGACAACCAUACCCCCAAAUCUCACCUACUUCGUGACACAAUUGCUCAACCAGAGUAGUGUGUGGCCAUUCAACCCAUGCUUCUAUGCGAUGCUUGUAGAGGAAGGGUGGUACAGCUUCAGGAGGCAGGACCUUGGAGGGCACCUUGGGUUCAUGAAGGAGAAGGCCAAUAGAGGUGUCCCAGUCGUUAGUGACUGGGCCAUUAGAAAUGGAUCCUGUCCAAAAGAUGGGGCAAAAGCACCUAAAGACUAUGCUUGUGUCAGCUCAAACAGCUACUGCGUGAAUGCAGGCAAUGGGCCAGGGUACCUGUGCAACUGCUCUGAAGGUUAUGAGGGCAAUCCUUAUCUACCCAAUGGUUGCCAAGACAUAGAUGAGUGCGAGCUGCGUAAACAGGACGUUAAGUACAAAACACUUUAUCCGUGCGAAAAUGGGCACUGUCGCAAUACACCAGGGAGCUAUAGAUGCAAGUGCUGGGCAGGAACAAGAUCAGAUGGUACAAAUUCUGGAUGCCGACCUGUGCUUAGCCAAGCUGAAAAGGUGGUCAUAGGCCUAAGUGGUUCUGCAAUGGUACUGAUAUCAUUGGCAUGCUUAGUGGUCAUGAAAUCACAACGAAGGAAGUAUAAGAAGGAGAAGGAUGAGUACUUCAAACAAAAUGGAGGUCUCAAAUUAUAUGAUGAGAUGAGGUCAAGGCAGGUUGAAACCAUCCAUAUACUUACAGAGAAAGAGAUUAAGAAAGCUACAGAUAACUUCAGUGAAGAUCGUGUUCUUGGAUGUGGUGGCCACGGAAUGGUCUAUAGAGGAACUUUAGAUGACAACAAAGAAGUCGCCAUAAAGAAGUCCAAAGUAAUUGAUGAUGAUUGCAGAGAAGAAUUUGUAAAUGAGAUAAUAAUUUUGUCACAAAUUAACCACAGGAACAUUGUAAGAUUACUGGGAUGCUGCUUGGAGGUAGAUGUGCCUAUGCUGGUCUAUGAGUUCAUUUCCAAUGGUACCCUCUUUGAGUUUCUUCAUGACUAUGAUCACAAAUCACCAAUCCCCUUGGAUCUUAGACUGAAGAUUGCUACACAGUCAGCAGAGGCUCUUGCAUAUAUUCAUUCAUCAACUUCCCGGACAAUUCUGCAUGGAGAUGUCAAAUCCCUCAAUAUACUCUUGGAUAAUGAAUACAACGCAAAAGUUUCAGAUUUUGGGGCAUCGGCACUGAAGUCCAUGGACAAAAAUGAUUUCAUUAUCCUUAUCCAAGGAACUCUCGGUUAUAUAGACCCUGAGAGUUUUGUCAGUCACCGUCUAACUGACAAAAGUGAUGUAUACAGCUUCGCAGUUGUUCUUUUAGAACUAAUGACCAGAAAGAAGGCCAUAUACAUUGAUAUCUCUAAUGAAAAGAAAGCAUUAUCUCAUACUUUCAUACUGAUGUUCCACCAGAAUGAGCUCCGGGAUAUGUUGGAUAGUGAAAUAGUAGAUGAUGAAGUUAUGGUAGUACUUGAGAAACUAGCUGAACUAGUCAUGCAGUGCCUGAACCCAAAAGGAGAUGAGAGGCCAACAAUGAAGGACGUUGCAGAACGCCUACAAAUAUUGAGAAGGCUCCAUUUGCAGCUAGUCACAAAGACACAACCUAUUCAAGCACAUUAUUCUUAUGGAGGGCCAUCAGCAUCUGUCCCUUCAGAUGAGAAGGGGUACCAGAGCACAGAGACAUCGAAACUGGUGUUGGAGAUAGAUCUUGCAAGAUAA